AUGAAGUAUACGGCCCUUUUGUCGAUCUUCAUGUUUGGCAGUGCCACGAUCGGGCUUCCCAAUGAACUCUUACGCGAUGGAGAAGACACACGGGAGUCAGAACAGAACUCCUCAGCACGAAUCCCGGCCAGCGAGGCCAGCCUCGGCAUUGGAGUCGUCUCCAAGAGUCAAAGGGGGGAAAUUGCAUACCUCCAACGCAGAUUCGACAUCCUCGAGUGCUGGGACGCACACAAGGACGAUGACUGGGGUCAAUGGGAAUGCAACGGCAUCAAGUUCUUCCGCGAGCAACCCUACCCGUACGGGCUCAGCCCGAGCCACUGUUGGAACGAAGCCAACCGCGGCAUCAGGAGAGCUUUGGCUGACGUCGGGGAAAGGACUUGGCAGACCGAGUGCUGCACCAGUCUUAACAUCCCAGUCAAACCAAAGACCUGGGUACCGGUAUGUCAUACUGGGUACAAUCCCUCAGGGACUCCGGAGCGGAGCACAUGCGCGAAAUCCAUCAGCGGCGAAGAUGGUAUCGCGAAAAGGAUACCUCCAAACAAUCAGAUCGACUAGCUUCGACGCAGAUUCGAUACACUGAAAUGCUGUAGUACACACCAAAACAGUGACAGGGGCUGGUAGGAGUGCGACAGCAUCAACUUAUUUCGAGCAAGGCCGUGUCGUUGCAACUCAUGUGCCAGUCACAAGAAGAGCAAGACGCGCAUGAAACACUUGCUAUUACCCAUCAGUGACUAUGGAGUUGCUACUGAAGCCAUAGCAUUCGUUCCAAUAAUUGAGCCUCGAGUAUUUUUCACCGUGACGGCAUGCGGACGGCACGAGGCAGUGGUUCGACAUUGCCAGUUACUUGCGACGCAAAUCACGAGGACGAGAGACGGAGGUUAUGCACGGAAAGGGGAAAAAGAAAACCAUGACCGUGGCGCCUAUAUCUGCAAAGCGCUUAGUUAGCCUUCAUGUUCCUCGGUCG